AUGGCAAAGUCCCGCAGAAAUCGCGGCAACGCCGCCCGCAAAAACCCCAUAGCAAAAACCAUCAAGCCGCCCUCGGACCCAGAGCUCGCCGCUCUCAGAGAGUCCAAGAUCCUUCCCGUCAUCAACGACCUCAAGAGCUCCGACCCCAAGUCCCGCGCCGCCGCCGCGACUGCCGUCUCGAGCAUCAUCCAGGAUGAGAGGUGUCGCAAGCUGCUCCUGCGCGAGCAGAUCGUGAGGACCAUCCUCGACCAGACCCUCACUGACGCUGCUCUCGAGAGUCGUGCUGCUGGGUGGGGGAUCUUGCAGGUUCUCGCUCAGGAGGAGGAGCCUGAUUUCUGUGUUCAUCUUUACCGGGUUGAUAUUCUCACUGCUAUUGAGUUUGCGGCCAAGUCGGUUACCGAGCUGCUGCUGUCCAAGGAGUUGGAGUUCCAGAAACGUUCCAAGCCUGAGCAAACAGCCAUUCUCAGCAUUGCUUCGUCACUCAUCUCACUUCUGACUGCUCUCGCUGAAGCUCAAGAUGACAUUCUAGAAGCCAUCUCCCGCAACACCAUCAUCACUCGCCUUCUCUUCCUCCUCACAUCUGACGAGCUCGCCAGCAACCCUGAGAUCGUUUCACUAAGGAGCGAUGCUCUGGCCUGUCUCAUGAUCCUCUGUGAGGACAACGAACAGCUUUCCGACAAGGUUGUCGCUUCCAAGGAGCACCGCACAUACGGCACCCUGCUUUCGUUGAGAAAAAAGGCCAACAGUGACGGCAUUCUUGCCUGUGGUGUCCUGCAUAACCUCUUUGCCGCUCUCGAAGGCCAAGACCUCGCUCUUGGUGCCGACGAUUCUCUUCUUAUCCCCACUCUCUCACAGGCCAUCAAGACCUACGAGCCAGGUCAGUCCUCGGACGCUCUCGGCUGGGCGAACCCCAUCGAGUGUCAACAGCUGGCCCUCGAGAUUCUCGCCUCCAUUGGAACAACUCUCAACACAUCAGGGGAUAUUGAUGGACCCCCCAAGCCUGAAAAGACGGGAGCCAAGGACGACGAGGAGAUGGGUGAUGCCGAUGGGGCCUCUGAUGGAGAGGAAAUGGCAGACGAUGACGAUGAGAUGGACGAGGACGAACUAGAAGCCGACAUGGAGAUGGUAACAGGUGCCGACAGAGACGAAGAAGACGGCAACAUCGACGAUCUCCCUGUUCUCAAGACCCUCAUCGAUACGGCCCUCCCCGAGCUCAUCCGCAUAGCCUCCCUCUCCCCCUCGGAUGACACAGCCCUUCGCCUCCAGUCCCACGCCCUCGCCGCCCUCAGCAACAUCGCCUGGUCCGUCUCGCUCAUUGACUUCUCGGACAAGCACAACGCUCCUAUUCAGGCCGCCUGGGACCCCGCUGGCCGCGCCCUAUGGACCGGCGUCGUCGCCCCUAUUCUCGCCACUGACACUGCCGACGUCGGUCUCGCGACACAUGUCACCGGCCUCGCAUGGGCAGUCGCCCGCUCUCUCCGCGGCCGACCCUCGACCCCCUUUGCUGAUGAACACCGCCGCUUCAUCGCCCUUUACCAGGCCACCAAGGGCUCCCCCGCCGCCCAGGAUCCCGAAGAUCCCUUCCAAGCCCUCAGCGUAAAGUGCAUCGGCGUCCUCGGCCAGCUAGCCCUCGAGCCCGCACCCCUGGGCCGUAACCGCGACGUCGGCACCUUUCUCAUCACCCUCCUCGCCGGUCUGCCAGCCACGCCGCCCGCCGACGCCGUCGAGGCCCUCAACCAGGUCUUUGACGUGUACGCCGACGAGGGCUACUCGUACGACAAGGACGUCUUCUGGAAGGACAACUUUGUCAAGCAUCUCGAAGAGGUGCUCCCCAAGGCGCGCGCCAUGGUCAAGACCAUCGACAAGCGCGCCCAUGGCGAGCUGCGCCUACGUGCGGACGAGGCUGUGCUCAACUUGAAUCGUUUCUUGGCGUACAAGCGGAAGAACAGGCCCGAGGCUUAG